CCUUAUGCAAUGAAUUUAGCAGAAGAAAAUCCAGUGCUAAUCUCGUCUUGUAGCGUUCAACUUUUCCAAAAACUAACAGCUAGAUAAUUUUUCUGUUCACAAACUCACUCUUCUUCCGCUGCAGUGAGAGAAAGGAGAGAAAAUUGAAUCCAAUGGCAGAGAGUUCUUCGUCAUUAGCUGUGCCCACUUCUCCCACUAAGUAUGAUGUGUUUCUGAGCUUCAGAGGGGAAGACACGCGUUACAACUUCAUCAGUCACCUUUAUGAUGCGCUACACAGGAACCGGAUCAAAGCAUAUAGAGAUGACAGACUACAAAGGGGCGAAGAAAUUUCGCCUGCACUCCAAACUGCUAUAGAAGAAUCAAAGAUCUAUGUCCUCGUUUUCUCCGAAAACUAUGCAUCUUCGACCUGGUGCUUGAAUGAACUGACUAAGAUACUGAACUGCAAGAAGAUAUAUGAAAGGGACGUGAUACCGGUUUUUUACAAAGUAGAUCCAUCAACUGUCAGGAAGCAGGAAGAAAGAUACAAAGCAGCAUUCGAAGAGUACGAACAGCGGUUUAAAGACGACAUGGACAAAGUGCAAGGAUGGAAGGAUGCUCUAACUGAAGCUGCUGGACUCUCCGGCUGGGAUUCAAACGUUAUCUGGUCAGAAAACAUACUUGUUGAAGAAAUUGUGAAAGAUAUUGUGAAAAAAUUGGAUCUUUAUUCCAGUAGUUAUGAUCAAGGAAUUAUCGGCAUUGAAAAACAUAUUGAAAGAAUUCGGUUCUUGAUGCAUUUUGAGUCAUCAGAUAUUCGGAUCAUAGGAAUUUGUGACAUGGGAGGAAUAGGAAAAACUACAAUUUCUGAACAAAUAUAUCACACAUUGGGAAUGCAAUUUGAUUCCAGAAGUCUUGUUUUAGACACUAAAAGAAAAAUAGAACGAGAUGGAAUAGACAUUGUCAGAAAAAAAUAUAUGUCUGAGUACAGUGAAAGACUCAAACGAAUGAGGAUUCUUAUCAUUCUUGAUGAUGUUACCGAUUCAGUUCAACUUAAACAAUUGCUAGGAAGGCAUGAUAGUUUUGGACAAGGCAGUAGAAUCAUUAUAACCAGUAGAGACAGACAAGUGUUAAAGAAUGUUGGAGCUGAUGACAUCUACGAUGUUAAGGAGUUGAAUGAUCUUGAUUCUCUAAAACUUUUUAGUUUACAUGCUUUUAAACAAAACUCUUCACAAGAAAUAACGUACAAGGACUUGACAGAAAAGGUGUUGAGAUAUGCAAAAGGAAUUCCAUUAGUUCUCCAAACUUUGGGUUCAUUACUUUAUGGUAGAACAAGAGAAGCAUGGGAAAGUCAAUUACAAAAGUUGGAAAAAUGCCAACAUCUUGAAAUUUUUAAUGUAUUGAAAUUAAGUUAUGAUGGACUUGACGAGGAGGAGAAGAAUAUAUUUCUUGACAUCGCUUGCUUUUACAGGGGAGACGAGGAAAGUGAGGUAGUAGAAAGACUAGAUGAAUGUGGUUUUUCUUCUAAGAUUGGAAUGGAUGUUCUCAAAGACAGAUGUCUAAUAUCUAUCUUUGAUGGUAGAAUUGUGAUGCACGAUCUAUUACAAGAAAUGGGUCAAGAAAUUGUUCGUAAAGAGUGUCCUGAAUAUCCUGGAAAACGCAGUCGAUUGUUCAAGGAUGAGGAAAUUCAUGAGGUUUUAAAAAAGAACAAGGGGUCAGAUGCAAUUCAGUGUAUCUUAUUAGGUACUUGGGAAAUAAAAAAAGAUGUUAUAGUAGAUGGACAAGCUUUCCAAAAGAUGGAUAAUCUUAGGAUGCUUAUGCUCUCUGAUUAUUUAUCUUAUGAGCCUCAAAGCGAAUCCAGAGUGUUUCUUGCAUCGUCUCUUGUAACUCUACCAGACACUUUAAAGAUUCUUUAUUGGAAAGGUUUCCCUCAAAGAUCUUUACCACCGAACUUUUGCCCAGAAAAUCUAGUGAGACUCGAAAUGCCACACUGUCAUCUUGAACAACUUUGGGAAGAAGAUCAGAGUUUACCCAAGUUGAAAAGGCUCGACCUGAGUUGGUCUUCGAAACUUACUAGAAUACAAGAUCUUUCCAUGUCACCAAAUAUUGAAGAAAUAAUUCUCAAUUAUUGUCGAAAGUUGAUUAAAGUUCACUCUUCCAUAUUACUCACCAAGCUCAGUUAUUUAAGUUUAGAUGAGUGUCAUAAUCUCAAAAGUGUAAUAAUUCCCAGCAAUAUUCUAACCAAAUCACCAGGAUUGAUUCUUCUUUCCCGGUGUGGGGAGCUUGAAAUGUUUUCAACCACUCAAACCCAAAUAUAUUAUUCUCCACCAUCAUCAUCAUUAAUCGGUCCUCAUGUCAAACUGCGGCGUCAACGUCGAAAUUCCUUUAACGAGCUCCAGUCUUUUGCUAGCCUUCCCUCGAGAUUCUAUUCCAAUGAAAUUUUCUCCAUUACUUUUGACCGAUAUUGGGGAACAGAUGAAGAAAAAGAAGUAACUAAUGAUGAAAUGCCGAUACAACUCACUGGAGGUGUGUCGUUAAACUUAAGUCUCAAGAAGCUCUGUUUAAUAGAUCUCUCGCACUGUUCUUCCCUCACAACAUUUCCAUUUGUCCUUUCUGAGAUGAAAUUCCUAAAGAAACUUUUUCUCAGUGGUUGCUCAAAAUUGGAAAAUUUCCCCGAGAUUGAGGACACGAUGGAAAAUUUAGCGAUUCUAAGCUUAAACAACACAAGCAUAAAGGCACUCCCUUCAUCCUUGGGGCGUUUGGUAGGGCUUCAAGAACUGAAUUUGUACGGUUGCAGGAAUCUUGAGAUUAUUCCAUCUUCCAUUGGAAGGCUCACCAGACUAUGCAAGUUACACCUUACCAACUGUCAUUCACUUCAAACUUUUCCAAACACCAUUUUCAAAUUGAAGUUGAGGAAACUUGAUUUGUAUCGUUGCUUAAGGUUGAGGACAUUCCCAAAGAUCACCGAGCAGGCACAAACUUUUUCUUACAUUGACUUAUCAGAAACUGCUAUCAAAGAACUGCCUUCCUCAUUUGACAAUUUGGUUAGUCUUCGAUCCCUGCAGCUCAACAAAUGCAGGAAUCUCGAGUCACUUCCAAACUCCAUUGUUAAUCUAAAGCAUCUCUGUAAACUUGAUUGUUCGGGGUGUCACAAAUUAACAGAAAUCCCAAGACACAUAGGUCGGUUGACGUCAUUAAUGGAACUGUUACUGAAUGAUAGCGGAAUCGUGAACCUUCCUGAGAGCAUUGCUCAUCUUUCGAGCUUGAAAUCGCUUGAUUUGAGCGAUUGCAAAAGGCUUGAGUGCAUCCCACAGAUUCCAUCAUGUCUAAAACAACUGGUGGCAUUGGAUUGCCCAUCCAUUAGACAAGUGAUGUCAAAUCGAAACCUCUCAGGGUCGAAGGAGGGUGUCUUCAAAUUUCAUUUCACCAAUGCCCAACAACUGGAUUCAGGUGCUCGUGCUAACAUUGAGGAGGAUGCAAGGCUCAGGAUGACCGACUAUGCAUAUAGGUCUGUGUUCUUCUGUUAUCCAGGGACUGCAAUUCCUCAUUGGUUCCCCUUUCGUGGGAAGGGAUGCUCUGUGACUAUAAAUGAAGAUUUAAGUUUCUGCAGUGAUGACAGACUCAUUGGUUUCGCUUUGUGUGUGGCUUUUGGAUUGUUUGAUAGCAAUGAUAUUAAUGGUAGACGUGGUUCUUUUAGAUACCGCCUAAAAUUUGAAUGUGAUGAUUAUGGCACACAGAUUAUUCCAAAUAAUGAUCUGUUUCAGAACUAUUUCAAAUGGAAUGGUAAAAACAGAUUUGUCAAUCAAGAUCACACAUUCAUGUGGAAAUUUAACUUGGAGAGUCUAAGGAGGAGCUGCAUGAACCUUAGGCUCUGUGAUGCUUGCAGAUUCACUUUUGAGAUCAUUCGAUAUUACGGAGAAAUGGUGAGAGAGUUCCGAUCAGUUGUGACAAUAAAAGAAUGCGGCUUAUGCCCUCUUUAUAGAAGCGGAAGCAAUGUUGGAGAGUCUUCAAUGGAAACAAAGGAAGACAGCAAGAGGAAGGCAGAAAGCUACUUAUAGUGGGCUAGUCUCUUGCUUUUCUGCUAAUUGGUCUUCAGUUGGUGGGUUCCUUCAGUAGUUGACAAGAUUUCUAAGAUAUAGUUUGAUGUCGACGUUGAGUUGAUCCGUUGUCCCAAAGUUGCAUUUUCUUGAAACUGUUCACUUAUCGGCUUCGUUAACUUCUUUAGCAUAUUUGGCUUUCAUUUGCAGCGAAGGCAUUAUGAAAGCUGCAUUUCAUUAUGGAAAAUGUUUCUUUGACACUCCAAACUUAAAAAAUUCCAAUUUUACGACAGCUACUGUUUAUGGAAAUUGAAUAUGAUAUGAUUGUAUUUGGUUUGUGCAUGGGGCUGUAAAACCAUAUAAUCGUUUGCUUGGUUAACGUGGAAGAGUGAAGAUGAUAACAAGUUAUUUGUUGUUGAUCUUCGUUUAUUCUUGUUU